AUGUUGUCGCUCAUCCGGGAAACCGUCACCGACUUGCCACUUGGUCACGCCGACGAUGGACCGUCCAAUCGUGUCGCUGCAGCCCGACUGCGCGCGCCUCGUCCUGCGCUACAUGGACACGCCGAGACGGUGGUCGGAUUCUUGCGCACGCUGGCCGCCGCCCUCGAGCUCGUAGGCUUCCUUCCGCUGCGUGACGUCUGGCCCGCGCUGCACGUGCGCGCGUGGAUGCUGCCGCACACGCUCGAGCGAGUCAUGGGCGCGCUACCGCUCUACGAUACGGUGCAUGUAUACAGCCGCCACCACAUGCAUGGCCACAUGCAGGCCUUUGACGCGCGCUACCUCGCUGGAGCCCAGCCGCUGGAGACUGCUACCGCCUUCAACGUAGGACUCGAGUGCCAGCACGUCAACGACAACGAUGCUUGA